GGUUUCUCGCGCUCCCCGCCGCAGAGUUAGAGUCCCCAUCCCACCGGGGUGUCCACCCUGGCGACUCUUCUCCCAGUUCCCCACCCAGUUGAUGUGACAGGCUCGUGGCCCAAUCCCCUUCCAGGUUCCCAGGCCGAGGGCUAGCACCACCCGAGCCAAUGGCGGCGGCCGAGGGGCGGAGGGAGCGCUGGCUUUAGAACCACUGCCGCAAAGAUUCCGAGAGGCAGAAGUUGUCCGGGCGCGUCGGUCGGAGGCUGUCGGGCCAGAUCCGGGACUCUGCGACUUUAUAGCCUCAGACUACUCUGAAAGGUGUUUUUACCCAACUUAUCUACUGAGACAUUUGUCCCUCUUUCGUGACAUUUUAACAUCCUAGACCUUUAAAUGGACGAGAUGGCUACCACUCAGAUUUCCAAAGAUGAGCUUGAUGAACUGAAAGAGGCCUUUGCAAAAGUUGAUCUCAACAGCAAUGGAUUCAUCUGUGACUAUGAACUUCAUGAACUUUUCAAGGAAGCCAAUAUGCCAUUACCGGGAUAUAAAGUGAGAGAAAUAAUUCAAAAACUCAUGCUGGAUGGUGACAGGAAUAAAGAUGGGAAGAUAAGUUUCGAUGAAUUUGUUUAUAUUUUCCAAGAGGUAAAAAGCAGUGAUAUUGCCAAAACCUUCCGCAAAGCGAUCAACAGGAAAGAAGGGAUUUGUGCUCUGGGAGGCACUUCAGAGCUUUCCAGUGAAGGAACACAGCAUUCUUACUCAGAGGAAGAAAAAUACGCUUUUGUUAACUGGAUAAACAAAGCUUUGGAAAAUGAUCCCGAUUGCAGACACGUUAUACCAAUGAACCCAAACACCGAUGACCUGUUCAAAGCUGUUGGUGACGGAAUUGUGCUUUGUAAAAUGAUCAACCUUUCAGUUCCUGAUACAAUUGAUGAAAGAGCCAUCAACAAGAAGAAACUUACGCCCUUCAUCAUUCAGGAAAACUUGAACUUGGCACUGAACUCUGCUUCUGCCAUUGGGUGUCACGUUGUGAACAUCGGUGCAGAGGAUUUGCGGGCUGGGAAACCCCAUCUGGUUUUGGGACUGCUCUGGCAGAUCAUUAAGAUCGGUUUGUUCGCCGACAUUGAAUUAAGCAGGAAUGAAGCCUUGGCUGCCUUACUUCGAGACGGGGAGACUUUGGAGGAGCUCAUGAAACUGUCUCCCGAAGAGCUUCUGCUUAGAUGGGCCAACUUUCAUUUGGAAAACUCGGGCUGGCAAAAAAUCAACAACUUUAGUGCUGACAUCAAGGAUUCCAAAGCCUAUUUCCAUCUUCUCAAUCAAAUUGCACCAAAAGGACAAAAAGAAGGGGAACCACGGAUAGAUAUUAACAUGUCGGGUUUCAAUGAAACAGAUGAUUUGAAGAGAGCAGAGAGUAUGCUUCAACAAGCAGACAAGUUAGGUUGCAGACAGUUUGUUACCCCUGCUGAUGUUGUCAGUGGAAACCCCAAACUGAACUUGGCCUUUGUGGCUAACCUGUUCAAUAAAUACCCAGCACUAACGAAGCCAGAGAACCAGGAUAUUGACUGGACUCUAUUGGAAGGAGAAACUCGUGAAGAAAGAACCUUCCGUAACUGGAUGAACUCUCUUGGUGUUAAUCCCCACGUAAACCAUCUCUAUGCUGACCUACAAGACGCCUUGGUAAUCUUACAGUUGUACGAACGAAUUAAAGUUCCUGUUGACUGGAGUAAGGUCAAUAAACCUCCAUACCCAAAACUCGGAGCCAACAUGAAAAAGCUGGAAAACUGCAACUAUGCUGUUGAACUGGGGAAGCAUCCUGCCAAAUUCUCCCUGGUCGGUAUUGGAGGGCAGGACCUGAAUGAUGGAAACCAAACUCUGACUUUAGCUUUGGUCUGGCAGCUGAUGAGAAGAUAUACCCUCAAUGUUCUGGAAGACCUUGGAGACGGGCAGAAAGCUAAUGACGACAUCAUCGUAAGCUGGGUGAACAGAACAUUGAGUGAGGCUGGAAAAUCAACUUCCAUUCAGAGUUUUAAGGACAAGACGAUCAGCUCCAGCUUGGCGGUUGUGGAUUUAAUUGAUGCCAUCCAGCCAGGCUGCAUAAACUACGACCUUGUUAAGAGUGGCAAUCUGACAGAAGAUGACAAGCAUAAUAAUGCCAAGUACGCGGUGUCCAUGGCUAGAAGAAUUGGAGCCCGGGUGUAUGCUCUCCCCGAAGACCUUGUGGAAGUAAAGCCCAAGAUGGUCAUGACCGUGUUUGCAUGCUUGAUGGGCAGGGGAAUGAAGAGAGUGUAAAAUAACCAAUUUGAAUACAAACAGCCUUGCUCCCAGGUGCAUGGUUACCAGGUCAGCUAUUUCCAGGUGAUGUGCUCAUGGCUUAAGGAACUGUUGGUCAUCCUGAGAGCCCACAGGGGAAAGAGGUUGAAUGAAAACGACUCCCCUUUCCCAUCGCCGAGGUUGGAUUUGUCAGGCACCCCUGAAAUGUGCUCACGGCCAACUCAUUUACUCUCUCCUCCUAGAUUGCUGCCCUGGAUACUUCCCAUUGCUGUAUGUUAUGUCUGUGUAUCUUUUUCCCUCCUAGAACAUCCACAUCUUGAGACGUGCUUAGAUGAUUGGAUAUGAAUAUUCUUAGACCAUAAUUUUGCUUUCCAUCCAGUAUGCUCGUUCUCAUUCGAGAACUGUGGUCGGAGGGUAUUUGGAUAGGAGUACCUUUUGCUUUCUCUUCGUAGUACUGAAAAUUGGCAGAAGUAACUGGCUGUGCAGAGUGUAAUAGAAGCUUUUCGUAUUCUUUUAUUCUGAAAAUCAGUAUCUUUUUACAGUAUUCUUUCUACAUGAUCUUUUUUGUACAUUUAAGAAUAUUUUGAUUACAUUAAAUAAGACUGCUGAUUUUGCUACUUUUUUUAAGGGGUCUUCAAGUAAGUAAAAACCAUACAUUAUAGGUAGAGGAACAAAACGGACCUUCCAAU